UUGCACGGGCGCUGAAAAGCAUGGCAUCGCCGCAAAGAGCCGAAAGAGACUGCCGUAACCUGCUUUUGUAGAAAUUAGAAUAGUAAUAUUAUAAUUUGUCUCUUCAGAAUCUGCGAUUCAGCGUUAAAAGGAGAGUGAAUUUGCGAUAGUGCUCUGAUAGCCCACCGCUCUUGAAGCUGGCACGGCAACUGUACAUUAGCCCAUAUUAUGAGCAGAGGAGACAGUGGGCGCAACCCGAUUUCCGUGGGGGAUUUUUGGCUGCCGUUCCUUCUCGUAGAAUGGUUUGUCUUGUAUGAGGAAAGAACAUCAAAUCGCAACAUUCCCUUCGGUGCUUAUGGAACUGCGCCGUGAGAAGAGGCGCUAGUUUUGGCUAGACUCGUCGCAGCUCGUGUUUCUUUUUUCCCUGCAAAACCUGUUCUGGAGGGAGUGAUUUCGUUCAGGCUUCGCCCAAUUAUCUGAUAGCAGCAUUUAUUAAGCCCCAUAACCCAGGCGCGUCAUCCUUUUACAACUACGAAGCUGGGUGUGUGUGUUUAUAGGACGGGGAGAAGAAUAAAAAAAAAAUUGACAAACGACAGCAUCUGUGGAAAAAAAUGAGGUGAAAUUCAUUUCUGAUAGAGCAUCGGUGACGCGGGGAUAAGGAGAGGACGCCACAGUGGACCGGAGCUGCCUGGCUGAUUUUGUCUGGAAUUCUGCCGCUUUAUAAAUGAUUCAUGCGACCUGAUUUUUUUAAGAGUCUAAUUGUCAUCGCGGUGGGAUAUUAGCAGUUGUGUGAGUGUGAGAGAGCGUGCGUGUGUCACCAGUUACAAAUCUCAAAGAAGACAGAGCUCUCCGGACUUGAGGAAAUUGGAAACAGACCUCUUGUCAACCGAAUUAUAUGUAUGUUUUAAUUUGUCCAUAUUCUUCUUCAUUUACAUAUUUUGGGGAAUUUUUUUCCGUCUGCCUGCGACUACAGCUUCCUUGCUCACUGAAUGAUCAUCUGUUGCUGCAACCGGCUUGAUUUAAAAAGGGGGCAUACGCGUAUUUUAAAAACCCUCGCCAGUCACUGACACGGUCUUGGAUUCGGCGUAAUUGUGGAAUGUAGUGGCUGAAUUUGCAAUUUUCCCACUUUUGCUAGCCUAUUUUUUUGGCGGUAGGAUCUAAUGGAAAUGGGAGAAAGACUGUUACUAUUAUUGUUGCUACUCUUAUCCUUACAUGUCAGGUUCUGAGACUGCAGACUAGCCGUACAUAAUGGUCCUUCGCGACGACUGCCGGCUUCUUUGAGAUAAUCGCCUAAUUCCUUACAGAACUAGACUGUAGCAUCUCUGUCAAGCAACGGUUUUGUCGCUAAACAUCAGAAACAAUACGCAAAAUCGCCGCUGGAUUUAUCGCAGAUUUUUUUGACCAGAUCGGUCCUGUUUAAUUGAGGAUAAAUGCUGAUGAUGGAGGACGACAACGAACUGGAGGCGCAUCAGGUUGACAUCGAUCCCGAUUUCGAACCGCAAAGCCGGCCGCGAUCGUGCACCUGGCCCCUGCCAUGUCCGGAAGAUUUCCCCGGAGGAGAGGAGGUUAACGGAGGUCUCCCAUUGUCUUCCAUAAAGGUGGAGCCGGAUAAUGUUCCCGCAUGCAGAGGCGAGAGAAGCGGCGGCGCGCCGGCGGAGCUAAAGCAUCCAGCCGGCGCCCCGGCUCCCGCUGCCGGCGCCCUGCCGUGCCUAGCCGGGGCUGCUCUCGACGUGGCCGGUCAGCUGCGCAAAGCCAAGUCCUCAAGGAGGAACGCGUGGGGUAACCAGUCCUACGCGGACCUCAUCACUCGUGCCAUUGAAAGCACCCCCGAAAAAAGACUCACGCUCUCACAGAUAUACGACUGGAUGGUCCGAUAUGUUCCUUAUUUCAAGGAUAAAGGCGACAGCAACAGUUCGGCCGGAUGGAAGAACUCCAUCCGCCACAACCUGUCACUGCACACGCGUUUCAUCCGGGUGCAGAACGAGGGAACAGGGAAGAGCUCCUGGUGGAUGCUGAACCCGGAGGGCGGCAAGGCGGGCAAGGCCCCGCGGCGACGGGCCGUCUCCAUGGACAACAGCACCAAGUACCUGAAAAGCAAGGGCCGGGUGAGCCGGAAGAAGGCGGCGGGCCGCCUGGGUGCGCUGGGGGCGGGGCCGGGGCUGCAGGGGGGGUCCCCCGAGCAGGGCAGCCCCGCCGGGAAGGGGGCGGCAGGCGGAGCGGGCGGGGCAGGCGCCGGUGGGGGCGACGAGUUCGACGCCUGGACCGAGCUCCACUCCCGCGCCAGCUCCUCCGCCUCCACCCUCAGCGGCCGGCUCUCACCCAUCCUGGCAGAGGGGGAGAUGGAGGAGCCGGACGAGGGGGGCGGCGUGUCCUGCUCCGCCUCCCCCCGCCUCUAUCCCAGCCCCUCCAGCGCCCGGUCCCCUGCCCUGGGUGCCGGCGGGCACUGCCCGUCCGUGGAGCUGCCGCAGCUGGCCGACCUGACGGGCGCCAUCAGCCUGGAGGAGCGGCUGAUGGAGGACGGCUUCCGCCAGCCGCCCCGCCACAAGCGGCCCAGCUUCCCGUACGGUGCGGGCGGCAAGGCGGCGGCCUCGUACUGCGGAGCGGUGUACGGCCAGCCCGCCUUGGGCAUGCUGCGCCACCACUCCCCCAUGCAGACCAUCCAGGAGAACAAGGCCGCCAGCUUCCAGGCCGGCAUGCGGGCGUACUCGGGCGGAAACGCCCUUCAGAGCCUGCUCAGCAGUGGCCCGCAGUACUGCGGGCCCGAGCCCGAGCCGCACGGCAUGAUGGCUCCUUCUAGCAACGGGGUGGGGAACCACAGCCAUAACCACAACCACCACCCCGGGCACCACCACGGUCACAACCCCACACACAACCACAACCCAAAUCACAACCCCGCACACAACCACAACUCCACACACAACCACAACCCCACACACAACCAUAACCCAACACAUAAUCAUAAUCCUACCCACAAUCACAACCCAGCGCACAACCACAACCCCACACACAACCAUAACCCCACACACAACCAUAAUCCAACCCACAAUCACAACCCCACACACAACCACACCCCUCCCCAUAGCCACAACCCCAGCCAAAACCAUAGCCACAUGCAUGGUCGCCCCCGGCAACAGGCGCUGGCCCCGCGGGUGAGCAGCGGACUCCUGCAGCCCUACAGCCUGAAGGCGCCCGACCUGUACAGCCCCCCCGCCCACGCCCACCUGCCCGGCUCCACCGCGUUGCCCCCCAACCCCGCCGGCAUGCUGGGGGUGCCGCAGGACUCCUGCCACCUGGCCACUGCCCCCCACCCCCGCCACCAGCCCUACCAUGGGGGCCACCACCAGGGCCUGGCCGACGCCAGGCACACACACUACCACCACCACCCCCAGAGCGGCGGCGGAGGGGGCGGGGGCGGCGGCGGUUACCACGGCUACCACCACCCCUACCACCCGCACCACCCCCUCGAGCGGCUGCCGGCCGACCUGGACCUGGACAUCUUCCACGGCAGCCUGGACUGCGACGUGGAGUCCAUCCUGCUCAACGACUUCAUGGACUCCGAGGAAAUGGACUUCAACUUCGACUGCUCGCUGUCGCAGGGGGUAGGCGUCGGCAUGGGUGUCGGCAUGGGCGUGGCCAUGGGCGUGGGCGGCCUGGCCGGACCCCCGCAGGCACACAGCAACCAGAGCUGGGUGCCGGGCUGACCCCCCGCCCCACACCCCCCCACCGUCCCCGAGAGACUUUACCCACGAUCCCGUGCGGCAGGCGCCAGCAGGGGCACGGCCCCCCCCACCCCGGGACUAACGCGCUCAGAGCGCUGCUUGACUGUGAUUCCUUGGGUGAAAAGAGAGAGAUAAAAAAACAAACAGACUAAUCAAUCAUGCAGUCCAACUGUCCAAAUCAUGUCUGCGCCUCCCUCCCCUCCCCCUCCCCGAUCCAGUCCCAUCUCUGUUGUGAAACGUGUCACCCCCAACCCUCCAAGCCCCCCUGUCCUCUUUCUGGUUUUGCGUCCUUUUGGUCGAAUCGCUCGUGCCGUGAUGACAAUCUGAGAUGUGUGACCGCCGCCAGCCAUUGCCUUUGUCCCCUGCAGUCUGACCUGAGCUCUCAUGCACUUUACACGCCUCUGACGCCCCGAGGAACAUCCCCUAACCCAGCGACAAGGGUGGGGGGGUG